AUGAAUCGAUUAAAUUCGUUACGCAACAACUGUAUUUCUAAAAUAUUUGUCUGUUUAUUAAUGCAAAAUGAAAAUCAAGACUAUCCACGUUUUCCAACAAAAAAUGAUCGAAUGGCAUUUAUUAAUGAUACUAUUAUUCAACAACGUUGUGCAAUUCUUAUCGACUAUCUUAAUAAAGUUCUUAAACAUCCUAAAUUUCGUAAACAUUCAGCAACAUGUGAAUUUUUUGAAGUAAGUUGUUUAUCAUUCAUCUAUGGUGUAUCAAUUAGUCGAAAAGAAGGUUAUCUAUUAAAACGAUCUCAUGAUGAGUAUCCUGGUCAACGUAUUUUAUUUCGUCUGGCAUUGUUUUGUGAUAUAUUUAAACGUCAUCAUGAUCGAAAAUGGUUCGUUAUUAAAGAUAGUUAUGUAACUUAUAUACGACCUAAUACACAUGAAGUACGAUUUCCAAUGUUAGUUGAUCGUGAUUUUCAUAUUUUGACUGGUCUUCGUAAUGUUGGUGCUCAUCAUGGUAUUAAAAUAAAAAAUUUACAACGUACAUUAGUUAUUAAAUGUCGAACGUCACGUGAUAGUGAUGAAUGGACACAACAUUUAUCAAAUUUAAUUCAACAAGGAAAAGGUUUUAUCGAUAAAACAGCAAGUCGAUUUGUGUCAUUUGCACCUGUUCGAGAAAAUCAAUUAGCUUAUUGGUUUGUUAAUGGUAAAUCAUAUAUGGAAGCCGUUGCUAGAGCACUUUUAACAGCUAAAGAAGAAGUUUUUAUUACUGAUUGGUGGCUUUCACCUGAAAUCAUGUUGAUAAGACCAACAGACGAUGAAACAUUUCGACUUGAUAAUGUAUUAGGAAGAAUAGCUGAUGCAGGAAUUCGUGUUUAUGUAAUGGUUUUUAAAGAAAUGUCAUUUGCUAUGGGUUUGAAUAGUGCAUAUACAAAACGAAUAUUAACUAACAAAAGUAAAGGAGGAUUUAUUAAAGUUAUUCGACAUCCUGAUCAUCAUCCUAAGGGUGGAGUUUUUUUAUGGUCUCACCAUGAAAAAUUAGUUGUUAUCGAUCAAAAAAUCGCCUUCGUUGGCGGCAUCGAUUUAUGUUAUGGUCGUUGGGAUGAUGAUUUUAUGCGUCUCGUCGAUUUAGGUGCAGACAACGAUACAACAUUGAAAUCACCAUUUGACAUAGUUGCAGAAAAAGUAGCGGCCGGUGGAACAGAAAUAGUUGAAUCAGCACAAAAGGCUACCACACAAAUGGCUGAACAAGCUGGUGAGAAACCUAUUAAGAGUAGUGAUCGUUUAAGAACAAUAUUCGAUGUUCCAAAUAAAGCAAGUGAAGAUAUUAAGUUGGACGAACCUACUCAGGAAACUAGAACAGAAUUUCAAAUGAAAGCAGUCGCUAAAAAAUAUAAACCAGCAACAUCUGAUCAAAGAAAGUAUUAUGAGGAUGAUGAACAAAGAGUUCUUCGACGAACAGCUAAAUAUGCUCAAAAAUGGCGAAAAUUAGCCCAAAGAGUCAGAAAAAACAGUAAUGGAUCUGAUAUUGGAGAUAUUCCUGAAGAAUCACAAUCAGCUAUUGGUCAAUCAUCUGAAAUUGAUAGAAAGCAGAAAUUUUUUAUUGGAAAAGAUUAUUCAAAUGUAUAUGAAAAAGAUUUUGAAACACUUGAGAAAUACAGUGAAGAUUAUAUUGAUCGAAAAUUAGUACCUCGUAUGCCAUGGCAUGAUGAAGCACUUGUUGUAAUUGGUGAAAUAGCUCGAGAUGUUGCACGACACUUCAUUCAACGAUGGAAUAUCCAUAAAUGUGAAAAAUAUCUAAAUAAUGAUCAUUAUCCAUUUCUAUUACCCAAAUCUUAUGAUGAUGAAGAAGAUUUAACUGUUAAAAAUUGGCGAGAGUUUCUUCAAUGUAAACCAUUUAAAGUUGAUGCUCAAUGUGUUCGUUCCGUUGGACCAUGGUCAGCAGGAACGAGAACAAUUGAAUCAUCUAUUCACAAUGCUUAUAUACAAAUGAUUACUGCUGCUAAAUAUUAUAUAUAUAUUGAAAAUCAAUUCUUUAUUACUAUUGGGUACGAUCCACAAGUUCGAAACCAAGUGGGUGAUACUCUUUUUCGACGUAUAGAACGAGCACAUAAAUCCAAUGAAAAAUUUCGUGUUUAUAUUGUUAUUCCGCUUUUACCUGGUUUUGAUAGCAUCAAUGCUGUACAGGCUGUACUAUUUUUUAUUAUGCGUUCAAUUACUAAGGGUGAUAGUUCAUUAUUUAAACGGCUCGAAAAAGCAGGUAUUCCACCAAAUGAUUAUAUUAGUAUUUUUGGAAUGCGUACUCAUGAUAUCCUUAUGGGUCGUUUAGUAACUGAAAUAAUAUAUGUUCAUUCAAAAUUAAUGAUCAUUGACGAUCGUAUGGUUAUAUGUGGUAGUGCAAAUAUAAAUGAUCGUUCAUUACUAGGUCAACGUGAUAGUGAAUUUUGUGUUGUAAUAAAUGAUCGUGAAGAAGAAGAUGGUCGAUUUAAUGGAAAAACAGUUCGUGUAGGAAAAUUUUGUUCUAGUUGGCGAAGAAAACUUUUUGCAAUGCAAUUAGGUAUUCAAUUCGAGAAUCCAAAGAAUAUUGAUAUAACUGAUCCAGUAUCAGAUGAAUUUUAUAAUUAUUUUCGAAAUGUAGCAAGAAAAAAUACACUCAUUUAUGAAGAAGUUUUUUCUACCGUACCAACUGAUCGUAUUAGAAGAUUUAAUCAAAUUGCUGAAUAUAAUGAUAUGCCAAAGAUGAAAGAUACUGAUCCAAUACAAGCACAAAAAAAAUUGAGAGGUAUUCAAGGUCUUGUUGUCGAAUAUCCACUUUAUUUUCUUGAUGAAGAAGACUAUUUACCUAGUAUAAAUACUCCUGAAGGUAUCGUUCCGACUGUUACAUGGACAUAG